GCAUUUUGCUCGUUCACUAUGACCGUGCUGUACUAAGUGCUUGCAACGCACAGUCGACUGCUCGGACUUCGCGGAUCCACGCGUGUUUUAUGUGUUUGUGGGCUCGUUCUUCGCCGGCGGUCAUCAUUGCAUCACUACAGGGCAUCCGCAGGUCUUCGGGACCUCUUUACGUUCCCGCAAUGCACCCCGAAAACGGAUUAAUUUUUUCACCACCACCCGAUGUUCUAAAGCAACGUAUGAUGGUUGCCGAAAUCGUGGGACGUGGACAAAGUGGAUCCCCUGUAAACGGUGAACUACCACUGUUGAACUCCAGCAUGCCUUCAAGUCACGGAAGGGACGCCCUUCUAGCCAGCCCAUCGCCAAACGGAGAUGCCUAUCAACAAACGUACGGUAUUGGCUCUCAUCUGAAACAGAAGGAAAUCCUUCCUCAGCGGAAACAACGCGAAUUCACCCCGGAAAAUAAAAAAGAUGAUAGCUACUGGGACCGGCGUCGUCGCAAUAACGAAGCAGCAAAGAGAUCUCGCGAGAAACGUCGCUUCAACGAUAUGGUCCUCGAACAAAGGGUUCUUGAACUGACCAACGAAAACGCAAUCCUUAAAGCCCAACUUGAGACCAUCCGUGAAGAAUUUGGUAUUUGCGGCGAGAAGAUCGUUUGUCCAGAAAAGGUUCUCGCCAGCCUCCCGAACAAAGACCAAGUGCUCACUUACACUAAACGUCAGAAGUUGACCCAUCCGGCGUUCUUUAGCUCACCAAGUCCAAUCCCGACACCGGUUAUACAUCAACCAGUGUUAACUUCGCCUCCACCUCAACCGAUCUCUCUCCCUCAAGUUCACCCAACCAUCCACCAUGAACCUCCGUACAGAGAACUUGAAUACCAUCCACAAUUUUCCAGUUUCCCGCCUUAUCAUCAUCCACAAUCACACUCCCCAACGCCGUACGAUAGUGGAAAUAAUGCCCUCAACCUCUCAAGAUCCAGAUCUAGAGGAAGACAAUCCCCAUACGAAGUGUCCAGCAAUUCAGGAGAUGAAAGCACACCUCUCGCCCUCACAACGUCCGAAUUAAACAACAGUUUACCGUUGAAACUUCGUCACAAGGUCCACUUAGGUGACAAAGACGCGGCGAGUGCGCUUUUAUCCCUGCAAAACAUUAAACAAGAACCUGGACCGAGAUCGAGCCCACCGUGGGACGCCGAAGGUUCAAGUGACGAAAGGGAUUCCGGGAUUUCCCUUGGGGGCGAAUGGACGACAGCAACCGCAGCAGCCGCCACCCUUCAAACGCUUCAGAAACAAUCCCAGUUAAGCCUGCGAGAACACACGGCCUCCGAACUGGAGCGCAUCUCCUCGGAGGUGGCCAUACUCAAGUCCAUCAUUAAUAAGGACCAGAAAGAGAUGGUUUCUAACCAGCAGUGAACGCGACGCACGGUGAUAAAUAUGUCUUUGUGAUUUGGUCAGCCGGUACCUGGAUGGAAGGAUGUGGACAUAUCGUUUUUACCCCCCUCGCUGACGUGUGCCGGUCAUCAUGUACCAGCUAUUUAUUGUGUUUAGGUUUUAAGUAUUUAUUUCUAAGGUCGCAUUCUAUUUCGCCUAUGAACGGAGACGAUAUAUUGCACAAUUUAUGGCCGCUUUUACAUCCUAUUAGCCGUUAUUUUCUAUGUAACAAUUAUCGUAACUGUUUCUUGGCUAGCUUUAGUGUCCCUUCACGAUCAAAACUUGUAAUCAUCAUCACCGACAUCGCCGCGCCGAUUUGUUAUAGAAAUUAACGUACCUAUUUAUUUCUCUUAGCUGGAAACGUGUGAUUUUUUAUUGUAUUUAUCUUCAAAUACUUCUUAUUUAUGUAUAAAGUGUAUGUAAUUUUUUUUGUUAACUGCUGCUGGUCAAUCUCAGCGUAUAUGUUAUCUCAUAUCGUAUAAUAUUAAGGUAUACAACAUUUGCUGGAAUAUGUAUUUUAAACGUCAGAUGUAAAAAAACUCGUCACUCGCAAUUUCGGCCCGCUCCGUUUUCGCGUUAUUUUUUUCGUCGAAGAACGAAAACGCGCCACGGAACGGAAGUAACCUUUUUUACAAAGCGAACGAGAUUAUCAGAAAAUCAUUUACCGUAAUUUUACCUUUUCGACCUGUAAAUUAUUACUCCAGCGUACUACUUUUAGUAUGAUAAAGAAAAUAUUCGUAUAUAUUUUCAUAUUACCAUUAAAUGUAUCCUACUUAUUUCUUGAAUAAAGAUUUACAUCAUUUUAUAACUUGGGAA